GAAAAAAGAUUGUGUAAAAAUGCAUUGACACAACACGGAAGAUGAUUUCGUGACCAUGUUAUGACCGGCGUCUUUAGGCAAUUUUUUGUUGAUAUUAUUUUCAUGACAUACUGGACAUCGUCACUGUUGUCAUUUGGAUUUUAUGAAGAUGACCCUUCUCUCAACAAGUAGUGAAUAAUUUAUAUGACAGCGGAUCGGAGUUAAAUUUAAAACCGAGAACAGAGACAGAUCACAGAAUAGACGGAGCUUCUUCGCAACGCCGCGUGAUGUGAGGACCCGCCGCCUGUAGUCAGACACGGACUGGUACAACUACAAAAAGACAACAAACUUAGAAGUAAUCUAGAUUUGGAUCAGCAAUAGUAAACAGUUCAAAGUUUCGUCAAACAUGGCCCAUUUGAAUGGUCAGCAGAUAUUCUUCCUGAUAUUGAUUCCAUCAUUCAUGCAGACUGUGUAUUCCACCGGUAAGGAUUUGAACAGAAGACAAUACAAUACUACUGGUACUACAUCUCCCCUAGUACAAGUAGCAUGUCCAGAAUACGACCCAGACAGACACGAACAGAGAGGGACGAUAACCAGCCCUAACUACCCCGACGAAUACCCUCCUGGUUCCCAGUGCAAGUGGCGUAUUUUUCAUGACCCUGGGGAAGUUGUGACAAUCAGCUUUCAAGCAUUCAAUGUCGAGCAAACGGACGGGGCACAGUGCACAUCAGACAAGCUUCAAAUCCAGGAGAAAUCCAUCAGGACGUACUGUGGAUAUGAGCGCCCGUCCCCGUACAUCUCUGACCCGACUAGUGAAAGCAAGGACAUCCUCAUCAGGUUUCAAUCCGACGAACAAGUAGCUGGGAAAGGGUUCUCGCUGGAUUAUUAUAAAAGUCAACAAAAUAUGGACUCUUGCCCCGAUGCAGAGCUGGAGUUCUUGUGUCAGAACCACAGAUGUAUUCCUAAGGAGUGGCUGUGCAAUAAUAUGGACGAGUGCGGGGAUCGCAGUGAUGAGUCCGUCGAUGUAUGCCAGACAGUACCCUCUGUUUCUCCUGUGACGGGCAUCCCUUACUGCCCGCCCCACACCAUCUACUGCCUGAAGAUGGACGGCAUCACGUCCCAGUGCCUCCCCGAGGACAAGAAGUGCGACGGCAACCAGGACUGCGUCAACAACGAGGACGAGCUCGGCUGCCAGGCCACCUGCAUCCACGAGAUGCCCCCUCCGUCCGGCUCCUUCUCCUCCCCCAACUAUCCGGACCAGUACCAGAACAACCUGGACUGCCGCUGGACGCUUGUCGUGACCGAAGGCAACAUCAUCCAGCUGCGCUUCGUGGCCUUUGACAUCGAGCAGGGCUACCUUCGAGACUACGUGACUGUCUACGAUGGUGGUUCCAUAUCAGCUGACAUCAUUGGUACUUACUAUGGCUACAAGUCAAGUAGCCCUGACAGCAGUACUCAUUAUCCAUCGGCCGUCAUAGAGGGCAGCAGCAACCGUCUCUAUGUCACUUUCAUCACUGAUAGCAGCUCUGGGAACACUGGCUUCAAUGCAACCUACCAGAGUAAAGGUGAUUGCAUCGAUGAUCAACGUACGUGCAGUGCAACAGACAGCAACUGCUAUGCUGAGAAUGAGCGCUGUGAUGGCAAGAUGACGUGCCUGAGAGGGGAAGAUGAGCAGGGUUGCAAUGGUUGUCCAGAGGGUGACAUACCAUGUUCUACAUCCUCUGAUCUACCAUUGAAAUGCUACGACAGUCUGGAGAGGUGCAACGGUCAGCCACGUUGUUCAGGUAAAGAGGAUGAACUGGACUGCCCUGCAUCGCUAUGUAGUGGAGAGCAUGGCCUCUUCCUCUGUGGAAUGGGCAAGUGUAUUAAGGAGAACUGGAUAUGCGACUCCAAUGUAGACUGCCCAGACAACACAGAUGAAAUGAAUUGUCCAAUGUCCCCUAAGGUGAUCACAGCAGCUGUAGUUGGUUCCAUAGUGUGUGGUCUCCUGCUUAUAGCUGCCCUCAGCUGCACCUGUAAGCUCUACCAGCUGUACCACAGCGACCCCCAUCCUCCCACCCACGUCUCCCCCCUCAGUGAGAUAGAGGAUGAGCUGAUGAGACGAGAGGCUCCUCCCUCCUACACGGCCAGCAUGUCCUCGCCCCACUUCGACGAGGCGCAGCGGGCGUUCAUCGAGAGUCUGCAAGCCGCCGCGCAAGCCAGAGCUGGGGAGGGUAACAACGGGACCGGUAGGUCCUCAAGAAGAAGGAACAACUCACAGCCGGAGGGAGGGGAAACACCACAGCCGCCAAACGCAAACAGACCCAGCUCUCCAGAUAGCAUAAACACAACUCAGGACACAAUCUCUACAACUGACAGUACUACGGUUAGUCCUCCUAAUCAACAAAAUCCUCCGUCAUCAGACGCAGCCGAUGAUGGUUCUUCCCCUUAUACAGAAAUCACAGAGCUACGGGAGAGGCCGAACCUUGGUGGUGAUACGGCAAGUAGUUGUACGACGGAUACCGACUCUGAUACAAACGCAGAGGCGGAAUUGGAGCAUCGAGAUCAUGAGAUCAUCAGGGCGGCAACUAAUAUACGUCGUAUGCGGUUAGCAGGGGGAUUACAGAACAUUGUGGAUUCUGUGACGAACCGACAGAGAGAAGGUGCAUCGGACGGGGAGACGAGAAGGCGAUCGAGCAGCGGCUUGCAGAACAUCAUCCAGCGCGUCAACCGCACCAGGGAGAACCAGCAUAGAGGGGAGGGUGAGAACAGCGGGGCAAACUCCCCAACCGGCGCUACCCCUCCCACCCUGGCCGGCCCGGACGGCACAUGCACUCCACCGAACACGCAAGAGAGUUCAUUCACUAGCGAAGAUGAUCAUUCUCCCGAACGGGACAAUGCGGUUAACCACCAUUCAACAUCAUCCGCAGACGGGAGUGUUGCGGUGGUCCAGGGUACCGCAGAGAGAAAUGAAUCAUCAUCCGGUGCCUCAGACCACAAGCCUAGCUCCUCCAACUCACCCCAGCCACCUCCAUCUCCCUCGCCCAGCUCCAGAAGCUCCAGAAGUGACGAUGCACCCAUUGAUCUUUCAAAUUCACAUGCUUUAGACCAUGAUGAGGACUCCACCUUCAUAGAUGAUGAUGAUGAAACUAUGCUCCUUGCCUCAUCAUAACUUAAAUGAACCCUCACCCAAAGCAAGCGGAUGCUUUAGUGAAUACAAUUUAUUUCAUGUGCUUUCACCUGCGGCUUCGACCAUGUAGAUUUGUAUGUCGGUAUUCAUUGAAUCACUUCAAACAAUCUGAAAGACACCAUAAGGGAUCUGGCUAGGAAGCCAUGUGCGAAGCUUCUCACCAGUACACGUUUUACUUUUCCAUCGCAGGAAAACAUUGCAAUUGUUACUGUGCACGUGAAUGAAGGAGUAAGAUUUGGAGAGGGUCUAUCGUCCUAAUGGAAGUUAUUGGAGUGAUUUUGGAACAUAUAAUGGAACAUUCAGCAAAUUUAUAGGUAAAACUCUUAUAGAACUGAACCAAAGGGAUAAAACAAAACUUAUAUCAUCUAGGGCAAAAAUGGAAAAGUUAUGGAUGUUAUGUAUAAGAUCAACAGAAAGAGGAGUUCAAUGAUAAAAAUAAUUAUUCAUGUUUGCAACAAACAAAAACAAACAAUGGGAAGUUGGUGUGAUGACCACAUCUUUUAUGGAUUCUAUGCACCGUAUUUUGUGAAGUCUCUACACCGAUGGGAAGACCCACAACACAUAUAAUAUCCUUAUGAUGUUGUCAAUGAACUGUUGAGGUGUUUUCUAUCUAACCACCUGCUAAUUGUCUCUGGAAGUCCAAUUUGUUUUAUUUGAAUCUCUGAUUUGUUUAGACCCACUGCUGAAUGGGUUGGCAAGCGUUUAUAGAUUAAGCUCACUUUUUAUAUUUGAAUUUCAAAUUUUUGUAUGAAUUAUAUAUAUAGCUCUUGAUUUAGUAUAUUUUGGGGUGCUUUUCCUUGCGGGUUAACAUUUUAUAUAUCUGAUUUUAUUUUGUGAACUCCAUACACAGUUACACACAUUAUUUUGAAACAAAAAGUAGACCAAGGAAGUGGUUCUAAUACUUCAAUGUAAUGAUUCUAUUAUGUGGUAUAAAUCUCUAUCAGCCUUACAGUUAUGAACUUAAAGAUGGUUUGUUGUCUCUUUUGCAGACCUAAAAACCUGAAGUUCGAUGAAUCUAGUGGUAUAUUGACGAGGUCCAUUAUUAGGAACCUCCACCCCAAAUGAAAAAUUGGCUUUCAACUAGCAAAUUUUGAAUUUUAAUUCCAGAUAUUUAUUUUUGAGACCCAUAGAAAAUUUGUACUUAAUUAGACCGUUAUAUCUGUUGAAUUGAGAAUACCUUCCUUUGCAGCAAUAUGAAAACAGUGCUAGAUUUGCAUUACUUACAUGUGAAAAGAAGUUUCAGAACCUACAACUGUAAAAUUUUGCGCAAGAUAACUGAAGGAUAUAAUUCAAACGCUUUACAAGUUCGACUUGAUGGUUUGUUUUACCUGACUGCCAAGAGACAACUGCUGUACCACAGAGCCACGGCAUGGAAUUUCAUGGAGUUUGCACAAGUCUGCAAAAGGGACUUACUGCCUUUAAGUGAGGUUAAAGAUAGUUGCCCUGUUUGUCCCACUGUUUAAAUCAUUGUGUUCUAAUGUAAUGUGUGAGAUGAGAUUUAAAUAUUGCAGAAAAAAAUAUCAGAAAUGAUUCAUUGCACGUUUUUGGCACAAUUUUGAGAUAACUUUCUCUGCAGUGUACAUGUAGGCCUUCUUUGCUAUAACCUAAAUCCUUUGACAUCAUUUAAAAAAUAAUUAAAUCCCCCUUAUGCCAUUGCGUGGGUCAUUUAUGUAACUUCGGAAGGACAUGCCAACUCCUGAUGGAAAAUAACAUACUCGACCUUUCAUAAGAAAGUAAAAAAUCAGAUGAGAGCUACCUAAAAAUAAUUUUCUAUGUCUAUUGUACAUGUCUCAUCAUUUAGGGCUCAACAAUAUCUUUUUUGGCAGGGGGUUUGGAAUUUUUCUUUUUCUACAGUCUGUAUGCGUGACCCCUACGUAAAAAUUUCAAAAUUUGAGGGACUUAGAUAUUGGGUGUCCAUGUAUCCCGGGCGCCUGUCGUUGUCGAGCCCUGUUUUGUGUCUCAUCUCGUCUAUACAUGUUUAAAGUGCUUUGGAAAUUAUUAUUGCCUUGACUUUAGCUGUAGCAGCCAUUGCCAGGACGUGUUGCAUUUUAAGAAGUAGAAGUAGAACUGUAGAUAAAAUGCCUCGUUUGAGUACAAACACACUGACAGGGAAUUUGAAACCGGCCUCGAUACUUGUAAAUCGUCCAUGAAAUACAGUAUUUUUAUUUGAUGCUGAAAUUUUUGAUUUGGUGAACCAUAGUGUACAUAGAGCUCCCCUUCAUAAUGAUAAAUCAUAAAAAACCAAGCAGUUGAAAUUUUAUCUUGAGAUCAAAUGCGCUUAAAUUGUGUUUACGAAAAAAGUACUAGAUAUCUAUAUCAUGAUAUUUUAUAUAAUCAUAAGACUAGUAUCCGGUGUGUUGUUUGACUUUCAUCGUUGCAAUGCUUUGUGUAUAAAUUAUUUGCACAAAUAUCAUUGACAUUUAUGCUGUAUUUAUAACUAAAACGACAAGUUUAAAUCAUCUUCUUUUCCAUUUUUUUUAAAUCUGGGUUCAGCAAAGUUAACCUAAGGUCUACAAUACCGAAGGUCCACCAGAGUUAGAAAGAUUUUUUUUUUAAGUUGCAGGCAUUUAACUGCUAACCACCCUUUGCUUAACCCAAUGGUGCACACUCUCAUUUAGCAGAAAGGUGCGACAUGCUUGUGCUGUUCUGCCAGCCGCAUGACAAUAUUAUUCUAAACACUCGUAGAAAAUAUAGAUUUGUGAGGUGCCUUUGUGUAAAGAAUAUAUCUCAAACAUAACACUUGCAUAUAUAUGGCAUGGUAGAUUGCGCCUCGCCCAACACUAACUUGCAUUUUACUCUUUUCUCAUAAUAGGAACAAAAAUAUAAUUCAUCUCUUAUAUACAUGUACUGGUAGAGAGAUAGGCACAAUUCGAAAUGGCUAUUGAAAAAUGGGUGAUACACAAUUAUGCUAGUUAAUAACUUAAUCAUUACCUGUAUGCAUGUCGAGAGAGAGGACCAGAAGUUUGGGAUUUUGUCCUGUAUUCAUUGAGUUGCAUUAUACUUUUGGUUGUCGUGUUUGCUUUUAGUGAAAUGAAGGCAAAACUCUGAACAAUAUUUCAAAUCUUUUGCCUGAAACUGCAUUCAUCUAAACCAUCCCUUUUCUGUGAACCUAUUUGGGGAUAUUUUUGUUGGUUUGAUUACAUAGUCGUUUAUAGACCAACUAUAUUUUUGUUUGAAGAUGGUUGUUUUUCCUUUACAAAGGAUUUUUGUCCUCUCUUAAUAUGACUAUUUAUAAGACACAGUUUUUAUUGUGCAAAUUAAACUUUGGUAAAACCAAACCAGUGUAACAAAAAAAUGAAAUGUAACAUUCAGUGUCACAGUGAUCUUGUGAAGUUAAUUUAAAUUAGCACAUAAGGACGUAAUAAUCAUGGUUUCAUGUAAUUGUGAUUUUCUAAGUUUAAUCUGACAAAAAUAAUUCAAAAUUCAUGAGUUUUGCUGCCUUAGUGGAAGGAGCCACACACUGACUGAAAAUUUGAGUCACAGACAGCAACAGAGGUGUCAAUAAUUUCACUCCACAAUUCAACAUCACCAAACUGUUGCUUCCCUUAACUCUGUAAAGGAAAUUGUGAAGUCAACCAGUUUUGUAAUGUUGCAUGUUUGACCAUAAUAUCAUGGUUCAAAGAUCCCCCAAAGUACUAUGUUAACACAAAGUUCCCUGUGUAUAAUCAUCAAAUGUUUGGCAAUUAUUAAACUUUUUUUAAUGAAUCUUCACAUGCAGAUUUCAUCAUCGCUAGAAUACAUUGUGCACUUCAGUCUUGAGUCAGUUUUGUUGGGAACAUCGGGGGUAAGGUGAGAUAAGGAUAGUAUAUUAUUGAUAUGAAUCACAUGCUGUAGUAUUUGAAGAUGAUGCAUCUACAUUCGUAAAGCAGUACUAGUACUUAGUAUCUACAUUUUCGUGUACCAUUUAAAACUGCCAAUGUUAUCGCAAGUGCCCAAAUGGCCACUGCGUGUUCACCUGUUGCCUCAGAAUAUGAUAUGAGGGUUAUACGUACCUUGUUUUUGAUAUAGAAAUACCCCAAGUAUUAUUAAUCUUGAUGCCUAGUACUUUGAGUGGUAUCAAAAGAGAGAUAUAUUUGUUCUGUUUUAGCAUUGCUUUGAUUAUUUUGUAAAAGGCUUGCAUGGUCAGGUUGCCACCCUAAUUUCAGAUUGAAACAAAAAGUAAUUUAGAUUUAUAUUAUGAAUGCUGUAAAUGAAAGAAGUUUCAUGCUAUGCAUCUGUUACCAACCAAAAGCUACCUAAUCAGAUUUUAAAGCUUUAAGAAUUGACAGGAGUGAUUUAUAGGAUGAUAUUAUUUGGUCAUUAAUACCGAACGUUUGCUUUAACAAAAAUAAUUUACAAAAAUAACAGUUGGUAUAAAGUUGAUGCUCGGAGGCGUGAGGGUGCCCAUAUUAGUUAACCUUUAUGUAGUACUUUCAUUUGUCACUAUCCUUUUCUCUUGUUAUAUACUUCAGCAACUUGUAACUUGUUUUAUUCUCUGUAUCCCUGACUUUAUCGAGAUUCUCACUGAAGCUUUGAACAUUAUUUGUAAAAGCAUUUAUUUCUGAAAUGAUGCAUAUUUAGACGGUUGUUUGCUUUUGUUUAUACAUUUUUACACAGUGAUUAUUAAUCGGAAACAUAUAUUUUUGUGUUUAUACAUCUUUUGUAUAAUUUGCUUUUUUCAUUGCUAUGAUAUAUAUGAUUUUGUUUUUGAAAGAACUGGAGCUUUGUACAUUUGAAAGGGCUAAUUGAUCCUAAUUUCUUGUAACUUUGGAAACUAUAGAAGAGUAUAUUUAUAUCUAUAUAUAUAUAUAUUACAGAAACAGAUGAGGGUGUAUCAUCGUCUCGUACUGACUUACAUUGUAACGUUUUUUCCCGGAAAUUUUGUGUAAAAAAUGAAUAUAAAUGACCAUGAUGAAAUGGAAA